AUGGAUGCUCAAACUGAAAUAGCAAACAUCAAGCAAGAAAUGGCAACAAUUUUAAAUUUAGCAAAUUUGACAAAGGAAACCAUUGCAAUCAAGAAGGAGUUGGAUGAGAUUAGAAAAGAAGCACAAAAGAUUAGUGAACAAUUGGCACAAAAGAAAGCUGCACCAACACCUACAGCCACUCCAGCCGCAGUUGCACCAAAGCCAACUCCAGCUCCAGUUGUUUCAACAGCUACACCAGCAUCAAAACCAACACCAGCUCCAGUCGCUGCUGCACCAAAACCAAUUCCAACUCCAGUUGCUGCUGCACCAAAGCCAACACCAGCUCCAGUCGCUGCUGCACCAAAACCAACUCCAGCACCAGUUGCUGCAACUCCAGCACCAAAACCAGUAACAGCUGCAGCUGUUGCUUCACCAUCAAAGCCAGUUGCCUCUGCAACACCAGUACCAAAGCCAGGUGCCGUUCUUCAAGGACCAAACCCACAGAUCAAGGUAGUCGUCGAUGCAGUUAAAGAGAGAGCAAAGAAAGACAAGACUUUGGACCCAGCCAAACUCGAACAAUAUUUAGAUGAAGCAGAUUUCUUGGUUGUUCUCUCACAAUCCAAAGCUGAAUUUAACAAACUACCAAAAUGGAAACAAGAUUCCAAGAAGAAAGAAGUUGGAUUAUAUUAA